CCAGCUCAUAAACCUACUUCUACUCUUCCACCACUCCGCGACGUUAUCAUUAACUGUAAACAGUUAUGGCUGCCGCUGCUGCCAAGGCUGCCCACGUCGAGAGGGUCGUCGAGCAGAUCAGGGAGAGGGGUAACACGCGCAUCCCGGACAUCGACUUCACACAGCACAUACUGGAAGAUGGAAGCUAUAUCAGCACACAGGAGCGAGUUAUUAAGGAUGUUCAAGCGCCCGCAAUGGGCGUUCCCACCAACGGGCAAUUCUACUCCAAGACCGAUCCCUCAAAGCCAGAUAUCGCAUUCCUAAAGAAUCAUUUCUAUCGGGAAGGACGACUGACUGAGGAUCAGGCGAUGUUUAUCAUCGAGAAGGCAACGGACAUUCUGAAGAAUGAACCCAAUCUGUUGGACGUGGAUGCGCCUAUCACUGUCUGCGGCGAUAUCCAUGGUCAAUAUUAUGACCUUAUGAAGCUCUUCGAAGUCGGCGGGAAUCCGGCCGAUACGCGAUACCUCUUUUUAGGCGAUUACGUCGACCGCGGAUACUUCUCCAUCGAAUGUGUCCUCUACCUAUGGUCCCUCAAGAUUUGGUACCCCAACACCUUGUUCUUACUUCGGGGCAACCACGAAUGCAGACACUUAACCGAUUACUUUACUUUUAAACUAGAGUGCAAGCACAAGUACUCUGAUAGAAUCUAUGAGGCAUGCCUUCAGUCUUUUUGCUGCUUGCCGCUGGCGGCCAUCAUGAAUAAGCAGUUCCUUUGCAUCCACGGUGGGCUCUCUCCUGAGCUGCGCACCCUUGAAGACUUGCGAAACAUUGACCGAUUCCGCGAGCCGCCAACACAUGGUCUCAUGUGCGACAUCUUGUGGUCUGAUCCUCUGGAGGAUUUCGGUCAGGAGAAGACGACGGAUAAGUUCGUCCACAACCACGUUCGAGGAUGUUCCUUCUUCUUCACAUAUGCGGCAGCCUGUGAUUUCCUCGAGAGGAACAACUUGCUCUCCAUCAUUCGUGCGCACGAAGCACAGGACGCAGGCUACAGGAUGUAUCGAAAGACGAAGACGACAGGAUUCCCCUCUGUAAUGACCAUCUUCUCCGCACCGAAUUAUCUCGACGUCUACCAAAACAAGGCCGCGGUUCUCAAGUAUGAGGCUAACGUCAUGAACAUUCGUCAGUUCAACUGUACUCCCCAUCCAUACUGGCUGCCGAAUUUCAUGGACGUCUUUACCUGGAGUCUUCCUUUUGUUGGUGAAAAGAUCACGGACAUGCUCAUGUCGGUGCUCAAUAUAUGCUCCAAGGAUGAAUUAGAGGAAGCUGAGGAGCCGAGUCCCAUGUCGCCUGUCAGCCCACUGGAAAGCGCGGAACGCCGCAGAGCGAUCAAGAACAAGAUUCUUGCGGUCGGCCGUAUGUCACGCGUGUUCUCUCUUCUACGAGAGGAAUCCGAGCGUGUAUCCGAGCUCAAGAAUAUUACGGGUUCGAACAAGCUCCCCUAUGGCACCCUGGCCUUGGGGGCAGAGGGUAUCAAGGACGCCAUUGCAACCUUCGAGGAUGCGCGUAAGUCCGACAUUGAAAACGAACGACUUCCUCCCUCCCUCGUCGAUCCUGAGGACGUGGCACCCUACCUCAGCUACACUCCUCCUGGUGGCUCCAGUCCAGGAACACCUCAUGAGGGCCAUUAUGGUAUUGGUUCCAUACCAGGCACACCCGCGACCCCUCCGACGUUCGACGAAUCGCCGCUUUCUCCUAACUCCACGGCGUCGCCUGGUUCGCCAUUCCGCCGCGGUCACAUCAGGGCACAGAGCCUCGGCACGACCCGAUCCAGUCCUUCCACGAGGCGGAGAAGCAUUGAGAGUACGAUGUCCCUCCUGCGCGAGGCAGUUGAGGGCGCUGGAGGAGAGGAUCCAGAGGCGGCUAGGGUCGCAGAGGCGACUGCCCGGAAGGACUACUGGCAAGCAUAGUCCACGUACGACAUCGACAUGCCCAUGACAGCGACAUGUACCACGGAUUGUACUUCCUCUAACACCUUACCGUCACGUGUCUAUCUUGCCUGGUCGAUUUGUGUAAAACGGUAUCGUUAACAAGCCGGAGCUUAUUUAUGAUUUAUGCCUUGUCAACGACGGAAUGAAUAAUCAUUUGACUGGAUGCCAGCUUGCGAUUAUCGGCUGUCUACAGAUUAAGCGAUAUGAGCUGAAGCGUUCAGGCAGCGAAAGCCCAGGGAUCGGCCAAAUGUGUCGGAAUCCAGUCCCUCAGCCCGACAAAUGUUUCCAGACGAGCCAAUAUCUCCUCCGGCCAAAGAUCCCAAUCCUC